AUGAGAAUAUAAAAACAGGUCAGCCAACAAAGUAGUACAAUUCAUGUACAUAGGUAUUCCAACAGACUGUUUGAAGACUUGAUCUCCAAAUAAUACGAAGACAUAGUCAAUGAAAAACUCCGGAAUGUUUUUAUUUCAACUUCAGUGUACUUGUGCGUGGAAUCAGAGUGGUGCUUCACAGUAUUUUUUGGAUGCCUGAUCACUAGAUACAAAUAUUUACUUUUUUCAAUUUUGUUGACGAAGCAACUGUCCAUGAUGUUAAAUAGUCUAGUCUUUAAUUUAUCAUGAGGAAUGGUCGCGUAACAUCUAAGACUUCUUCAACUUUUUUCAUUUUAUGUUUGUCAGAAAUUUUUGCCUAAGUUAAAGGAUAGCUAACGCUGGAGUACCUGUAAAGUGCGAAACGAUAUCGAAUCGAAACGAAACAAAACAGACUGUAUAAGCGAAUUAUUUUACUUAUAAUAAUUAAAAAUAGUAGAUCAGGCCCCUGUGAAAGUUACCACGUAUAAAUGAAAUUCACCUCCCUUUUGAUGUAGGCUAUCGGAUUGAAUACUACAAAGUUUUAAAAGUUGGAAAGGGGGAGAGUGAGUAAGUACAUAUCCGAAAUUGAUUAAAUUAUAUAAACCGUGUGCAAUUAGUUUCGGAUCUAGAAAUUUGAGAAAGGAGGUCUGGGGAAACACAUGAAACGAGGGAUGGGGUCGCUGACGUUGGAUUCACCUUUGGAUAUGUCUUCCCAUUCUUUUUGUAAUGUCUGCUUUCCUUGUUCAUGAGUCUUUGGAGUUUACAAAUAGCUGACCUCUUCCUGAUAUUAUUGCACAAAAUAUUUUCCGUUUUCCGUUCCGUGUUCAAUUCCCCAUGUUAGCAACAACCUUUUCAGAUCUGAAGGAAGAAAAUUUUAAGAGAGAAGGACCUAUGAAAUCUACACCUGCUGAUUUAUUAAGUGUCCUUGCCAAGAAUUCAUCCUGGAUAAUAGGAAGAAAACUAAGGAUAUUUUCCUCACCAAUUCUGGACUUUGCUGAUGAUUACAUAUGGUGCAAAUAUUCUGUAUCUGUUCAUGAGAUAAGUAUGCUACAACACAUAUUGUAGAGUAAUUGAAGGUUAAUUUUCGCGCAUUGCCAAAAUUUUACGCUGUUGCUUGGAUGCAAUUUCGAUGUAUGGUCAUUGAAAUAUAAUAUAUUGUAUAUUUCGUUGUUGUUGAAAAUUCAAGAUAUAUACUCUUGAAACCCCCGAAAAAUGACCCCCACGAAAUAUAAGGACACCACAGUAGGUGUAAUGACUGAACGGCAGCACACAAUGCAUGUAACAAAGUCAGUUUACUUCCUUUGAACGUCAAACGUUUUCAUUCCUAAGUAUAUCAAAACAGCACAUGAACCUAACAUCCUAUCAAUAUAUUCCAAUGUUUUUCAUUGAUAUGUGUAUCUCUCUAAAUAUGCGAUAAACCUGAGAUCAUGCAAAGUGAAGACAACGAACAGUGAUCAAUCUCAUAACUCCUACAAGCAAUACAAAAUAGAUAGUUGGGCAAACAUGGACCCCUGGACUCAUUUCAUAAACAGGAAGCGUACUUUCAUCUGUGUAAUAUUACACAGUUGAACUGUAUAAUAUUAUAUCAGAGGGAACGUAAACACAAGCUGUGAUAUUGGAACAUGAUUCCAAAACACACCAACAGAAUAUCGGUGCUGUAUUUCUUACAAACACUAUAUUUAUUCGCUGACAUGAAGGACAAUGACAUGUGUGUUCAAGAAAAGAAUACCACUAUAUGCUGUCCGAAUUACCGUUAUAAUGUGUCUGUGAAGAAAUGUGUGGAAUGUGUUGGAAGGUUUGGCUAUAACUGUUCAGAGCAGUGCCCGGAUGGAUUGUACGGAAGAUCAUGUAACAGCAAAUGUAACUGUCCUAUUGAGGCCUGUAACAAAAUAUCUGGGUGUUUAACAAGUAGUCUGGACGUAAAAAAUGGAAUCUGCUAUGACAAACAGAAUGGUGCCUACUGUUGUGUAAACUACGAAUACCUGAAAAACAAACAUAAAUGUCAAGAGUGCGUGGGACGGUUUGGCGUCAAUUGCAGUCAAAAAUGUCCAGAAGGAUACUAUGGCAAACAAUGCAAUGAGAAAUGCACAUGCAAUGCCAGUCAGUGUCACGAGAUACUGGGUUGUCUGACAGUUCCUUCAGAAUUCAAAAGGAACCAACAGUCAGUAUCAGCGUAUAUUCUUCAAUUUGUUGUACCUGCUUCAACUGCUACUGGGGCUCUGUUGCUGUGCGUGCUUUUAGGAUUUCGGUACAGGUCCAAGAAGAAACGCAAUACUGAAAUCCAAACCUCUGUCACUGCCACAAUAAACAUGGAGCGAGAAGAAUGUUCUGCCUCUACCUCUGUUGCUGUGAAACGUCCAAAGAAGAAAAGGAUGAACUCGAUCCUUCAGCAUAGUACUACAUAUGACAAUAAAAUGUUCUUGGAAAAAACAAACCAUGAAAAUACUGACCUAAGAUGCAGCAAUUCCAGAUAUAAAGGCAGAAAUGGAAUGGGAGACUUGGAUGCGGUAUACAGCAUGUGUGCCGGGUAUGAGAAUAUUUACGAUGAUACAGUUUGUCUGGCUUCUUCAUUAGCACAAUCUAUUGAAAGGAUACCUUCCUCGGAAAUCGAGUAUUGAUCAAUAUAAAGACAAUGAAAUAUCUCACGAGAAAGACAACAGUGUGUGUGUUAUUCGGACAGACUAAGAGAUUACUUUUAUAACAUUUAAGAAUUCAUUAAUGUAAUCUUGUUAUGUAGAUUUUUUUGAAAUCAAAUUGUAGAUUACAUUGAUUCACUUGGAUGAAAGGUGAAGAUAACGAACAGUGAUCAAUAUCAUAACUCCUUCAAGCAAUACAAAAUAGAUAAAUAUCUUAAAAUCAACGUCCUUAUAUCAUGUAAUUCUUAUGAUACAUUAAAAUAAUUUUACAUUUUUCUUAAAUAUAAAGAGAAUGAAUCUUGUAGAACAUAUAAAUACAUCGCCAUACAAAAAUAUAUAUUCAUUUUUAUAUAUUAUCAAUAUUCAUUAUCAUGCAUAUGCUAAUUCGAGUCCCGUGGGGAUUCGGGUUGGAAUAUGUCCUCAGUACCUCUUGCUUGUCGUAAGAGACGACUAAAUGUGGCCGUCCUUCGGAUGAGACCACAAAAACCGAGGUCCCGUGUCACAGCAGGUGUGGCACGAUAAAGAUCCCUCCCUACUCAAAGGCCAUUAGCGCCGAGCAUAGGCCGAAAAUUUUGCAGCCUUUCACCGGUAGUGGUGACGUCUCCCUAUUGUGAGGUUUUUGUAUUUUUAUACAUGUAUGUACUUACCCAUGAAGUAUUUUCUUACUUUUGUUGAAGCGAGCACACAAUGUAAUGUACAUAGAUUUAAACUAUUAAAGACAGCUCUGUAGAUUAUAACCUAUAGAAUGUAUCUAGCAUUAUAUUCACGAGAUAUUUCUAGUGAUAUAUUGAGCAUAUUCAUAAUAAUGCGUUUUUGUGUGUACAUAUCAACAUCAUGCAGUUUGAAGGAUCGUAUAUUAGAAUUAACGUGUGCCCAUUAUAGAAAUUACUGCAAGUUAACGAAUAUACGCUCGCUUCUACGGUAAUUCCAUAUUACACGUAUUAUUACAAAUGAAUUACCUUGCUUUAUUCAUGUAUACCAUUGUGAAAUAGUGUAUUGGGCUGCAGAUCUCAUUUUUUGCGUCAUGUGUAUCUCUACUUUCUCUUUUGCUUGACGUUGUACCGCGCACGUUACAUAUGUCAUUUCCGGUGGCGUUUCACCUAUCUUUUUAUGGAUCCACCAACGAAAUAUUCUUGCUCCAGUAAAUGUUGGCGUUAAUACCAGAACUAUUGCUUUGGAGGUAAUUAAUUAAUUACUUAGAUUAGAUUGAAUUAGACUAGUGUUAUUUUCCAGUUUAUUAAUAGUUCAAUAUUAAUUCUAGUUAUAUAUGAACUAUUUUCCAGUCACAAUUUUGGUUGGAUUUCCAACGGAAUCCGUUCCCGUUGGAACGAAAUCGUUGAACGAGGGUAUAAAAGAGGGAGUGCGCGUCCCCACGGGGACUCCCAACUUUUUCUACUUUAUUAGAUAGAUGUAGGUAUUAUUUUAAGUUAGAAAUGAUUAGGUUUUAGUAAGAGGGGGAUGAAGUAAAUUUUAUUACUAUUUUAUGUGACUUUCAGUGAGUUGUAAUAUUUAUUGAUAGGGAUACAGUAUAUUAUUUCUACUAGGAUUAUAGACGACUGCAGCCUUGCGCUAUAUUUUUUAGAUUGUGUUCAGUGCCAUAAUUUAUUAACUCUAUUUGUUAUUUCGUUGAAUAAACCUUGUAAACUUUAA